AUGAAUCACUCGGACCUGGCCACCAUUCAAACUGCUGAAGAUGAGACAAAUGUGAAAGAGGUAGCACUAAACAGUACGUUCACAUUAGCCGCCUGGAUUGGACUGUACGAUAGCAUCAACAGCUGGAGAUGGUCUUAUCAGGAGGAGAGCAUUGAUUUCUUAAAAUGGUAUCCCGGACAACCAGACAACGCUGGUGCAGGAGAGCCGUGUGUUACAUUACGUAAUGGUGGAUACUGGUGGGAUAGAUACUGUACUAACACAUACGCUUUUCUUUGUUUUGAUGUACUAAACAGCACGGUGGAAUAUCACUUGAUUAAACAGCUAAAGACAUGGAGCAAUGCUCAACAAUACUGCAGAGAUCAACAUAUAGACCUGGUCACCAUUAGGAAUGAAACUGAAAAUGAGCUGUUAAGAAAUCUGAUGUAUGUGGACGGAGAGGUUUGGAUCGGAUUAUUUAGGGAUUCAUGGACGUGGUCAGAUAAAUCCAAUCUUACUUCAUCAAACCAACUGGCUGCUCAGUCUCUCAGUGGAGGAACUCAAAACUGUGCUACUAGAAAUUAUUAUGGUUCCUUUCAAAAUUGGGUUUGCUCUACAACUUUUAACUUCUAUUGCAAUACUGUGAAGCUAAGGAGGCAGAUUGUGAGGGUGCAGCUGAACUCCACCGUGGACAAUAUGAGUGAUGUUCAUCUGAAGACACUUGUGUUACAGAAGUUACAGCAGACUUUAUCUGAUCUGAUGGUAGAUGGUGAGGUUACACUGACGUGGAGGAAGCAGCUGAAUGGAAAAGUCUUUCAGAAGAGAAAGAUUCCAUCACCAUGUCGGCACUGUUUGCGAUAACCAAUUUUACUGAAGUUACAUUUUUUCCUGGGACAAAACUUUUUUUUUUAGUUUGGAAAUGAACAUGUAGAUAUAAUCUUUACUAGCAAACAUGUGGCACAGAUUACUGUCUAGCUUUUAUGUUAAAAUUCUUUCCUAUCAUCUUUAAAUAUUGUGUGUUAAUACUGCGAUGGGUCAAAAAGAAAGUGUUUGUUUGAACAGCCAACACAUCUAUUCCUGAUACGAGUUAGUUUGGGGAUUAUAAAAUAUUUUUGUCAGCUGAACCCCUUGAUGUAAAUGAUUCACUUAAGAUAUCCCCUGAGAUAUUAAGUUAAUAUUUUAAUAAUCUAAUAUCACAGUUGCAUUUCAUUGGUUUGAAAAGUUUUAUCAGUAGUAUUUACAUAGUUAUUAUCAUUGCCUGUUAUUGGACCUUUAUAUGUUUUAUGCAUGGUUUAUAUCCCUUAUAUUUCUUUAAUCUGAUACAAAAACAAAUCAUGUUCUCCAGUU